AUGGCCAGCGAUUCUCCACUCUCUCAGUUAACCGGUGGAGAUGGUUACGUCUCUGGCUCUCCUUCUUCUCCGACUUCUUCGGCCAUCGAUUUCCUCUCCCUCUGUUCUCGCCUCAAGAAUCAAAGCAUUGUUCUAUGUGGCUCUUUGGAUAGUCUAACGGAUGGAGAGACUAAAAGAGAUGUUAAAAAUCAAGAGUCAAUAGCUGAUCACAUGUAUUGGAUGGAUCUUAUGGCCCUAAUCUCUUCAGAUAUCCCCUGUGUAAACAGAAACAACUAA